UCCUCCUCCCGGCUCCCUGUGAUCCCCGCCGCCUUCCGUAGCGGGAGCGCACGGAGGCGGAGGAGUGCGGGCGAGUUUGGUCCGCCGCGCUGGCGAGAUGGCGGCGCAGAAGAUUAACGAGGCGCUGGAGCACAUCGCGAAAGCGGAGAAAUACCUGAAAACUGGAUUCUUAAAGUGGAAACCAGAUUAUGACAGUGCAGCUACUGAAUAUGGGAAGGCAGCUGUUGCUUUUAAGAAUGCCAAGCAGUUUGACCAGGCAAGGGAAGCCUGUUUACGGGAAGCUGAGGCACAUGAAAACAAUAAAGCUCUCUUCCAUGCUGCCAAAGCUUAUGAACAAGCUGGCAUGAUGCUAAAGGAGAUGCAGAGACUCCCUGAAGCAGUUCAGCUGAUCGAGAAAGCCAGUAUGAUGUACCUGGAGAAUGGAACACCAGAUACAGCAGCUAUUGCUCUGGAACGGGCUGGGAAAUUAAUAGAAAAUGUGAGCCCAGAGAAGGCUGUGCAACUCUAUCAGCAAGCAGCGUCAGUGUUUGAAAAUGAGGAGCGUUUACGGCAGGCAUUAGAAAUGCUGGGGAAGGCAUCAAGACUUUUAGUCAGAGGACGCAGAUUAGAUGAAGCUGCAUUGUCUCUUCAAAAGGAGAAAAGUAUUUAUAAGGAAAUUGAAAAUUACCCUACAUGCUAUAAGAAAACUAUUGCUCAAGUCUUAGUUCAUCUUCAUAGAAAUGAUUAUGUUGCCGCAGAGAGAUGUGUGAGAGAAAGCUAUAGUAUACCAGGAUUCAAUGGAAGUGAAGAUUGUGCAGCACUAGAGCAACUUUUAGAAGGGUAUGAUCAGCAAGAUCAGGAUCAAGUUUCUGAAGUCUGUAAUUCUCCACUCUUCAAAUACAUGGAUAAUGAUUAUGCCAAGCUUGGUCUUACCUUGGUGGUCCCAGGAGGUGGAAUCAAGAAGAAAUCGCCAAAUGCUGCACAAGACAAAGCCAGAGGACCAGCUGCAGUGGGCUCUCAUGCUGAUGAGGAAGAGGAUGAAUAUUCUGGUGGACUGUGCUAGCUACAGGCUAGGUUGUCUUAAAUAUCUGACUUAUUUGUGAUGUUGAGCAUAUCCAAAGGUACCAGAUUUACCAGAGCUUCAUUGCAAUUGUGAUAUGGGAAUCCUAAUAUGAACUUGGCAGCUUCUGGGUACAGUACAGGAGAAAAAGCAUGACUGUACCUACCAUCUUGAAUUAUCUUUGGACUUCAUCUCUUAUCUGGUAGGAGCUUCCUUAGGGCCCUGACUUCAGUUGAGAGAAUUUUUACUAAAAGCACAGUUUAAUACCAAAACCCCAGAAGCACUUGAGUAGGGAGAGUGGUACAAAAUUUUAAGCACUGAAUUUCAACAGCUGACACUUUUUGGUCCCAGAAAGAUGUUUGCGAUUGUUUUUGGAGUUAAACGCAUGAUAAUUCAUCUGGUCUCCCGUUUAAGACUAUUUAAGGCAGACUGUGCCAGGCAAGAGUUUUACUAGUGUAAACACUAGGGGGAGCAUUCAGUUUGUUUUCAAUGUUUUUAACCCACUGGGGAAUAUUAUUUUAAGACCUUAUUCUUUGCAAGCAAUAUCCAUGUGAGUGUGGAAAAUACUAAGUCAACUAAUUUGAAGUUAUCUUGCAAGCUUAAAAAUACACGCAGGUCUUUCCUCUUGAGAACUUUACUGACCUGAAGUCUUUGGAAAUAAAUGUGUGCAUAGUGUUUGUAGUGUGCACCUUGGGAAAGAAAGGAGAGAAUGACAUUCUUAGUGUUUCUGAAGCAUGCCAUAACUAGAAAAGAAACUGAAAGUAGCAGAUAACAUGCACUGAAUAUAAACUUCUGAAGGCAAAUGUUUAACAAAAACUUAGGUGGAAUGUUUCAGUGAUAUGUAUUCUUCAUAUGAUUCUUUCAUAUAUUCACAUCAUAGAACAGAUAUCUCCUAUAAAUGGCAUUUUUCAAACUAGUUCGGAAUCCGAGGUAACCAAAUUUUAAUACAUGUUCUCUAUUUGGUUUCAAGUCAUCAUGGGUUUUGCAAACUUCUGUAGUGUCUUAAAUUUGUUUCACCAUUUUAUGCUUAGAAGUUGUCAAUUCUAGAAGUUGUACCUGUGGCUUGUUUCUUCAGCAGAACCUGAUCGAGGUCUGCACUAGGGUGAUGUCACCGGGAAUCCAGCAGGAAUUUGUGUGUGAUGCCCAAAGUUCAAUAAACAAGAGACCAAAAGCAACAGUGUUAAGUGUUGGUACAGUUUGUGCCAUAUUAAGCAAUUGGAUGUCAUAAAAAAUACGAGGCGCAUGUUUGACAUACACAUGAUGUCUGACAUCAGACAUAAUUUUGAUGAAGGUUAAACUUUAAGAGGGCUAAUACUCACUUUCCUUGAGGUGGAUAGCACUCAGUAGCAUUGUGAUGGGUGCACAAACUGCAGCAUAAUACUCAGGCAGGGCUGCUGUAAAAAGUCACAAUAUUCAGUUUAAUGGGUGUUCAAAAAACAGUUUUGUCUCUUUGUGUUGCGUAAUAAUAACAAUGGGUUUUACAGCUAUUUAAGAUGCACCUGUAGUCCUUUACUAUCUGACAGGUGAUUUCCCUUUGUUUGAUGAUGUAUAUAGAAGUUUUAGCUCUAACAAACUUUAGGAAGUGAGUUGGUUUUCUCUGAGAAUGCUUACAGGUAUACAUGAAAGAUGGCUUUGAAGACUUCCCUGUAACUCUUCUAUUUUCACCAUUGGAGCAACUUACUCCAGUUUACUCAACUUCUGCCUUCUGGAUUUGUUAAUCAAGUUGAACAUAUGCUUCUUAUGGGGGAGUCUUUAUCACAGGUAGAAAAAACCUGCAUGUUUAGGAGCUCUGGGAGUGCUAAGUGAUUUUCUGCUUGCAUUUUCUGCUCCUUCUAAUUCUGAAAUCCAGUUUUAUUGUGUGAUCCCAAGGAGUGUACAAUUGCAUAUACCUGAGAAGAUGAGGUGCAUAAGAAACAAAACUGGGAAACUUGUGUGCUUCUGUGAAAGAAUUUGCAGAUUUCUUUAAACUGUGCUUGUAGCACUAACAGGCCCUUAAAAGAAAAAUUAAAAUUUAUGCAUUAGAUUCUUAAAGCAUACUUUUCAUAUUGCCAAAAAAAUAAAAUAGAUGUGCAAGACUGUCUUCCACACUCCCUCAAGUUGUUUUUUUUUUCCGUGCCAAGUGUGGAAAAUCUGGGACAAAAGUAACUGGUACUAGACAUAUUCAGCUGCCAUUGAAUUCAAAGGGGCUUUUCUGAUUCUUAGUAGUAUAAUCUUAAUCUUUGAUUGCAAUGUUGCUGCAAAGACCAAAUCUGCAGAAAUGGAAGUGUCUGAACAUAAGAUGGUCUAUUUUAUAUAACUUAUUCUCCUAUUUUAGACAGUGAAAGUGUGUUAGGAAUGUUAACUGCUUUUUAGUAAACAUUAACUAUAGAAGAAAUUGUCUGUAUAUUAUGUGUUAGUGUUUGUUUCUAUCUUUCAAAGCAAUUUGCACACUUAUGUAAAUAUCAUUUAGGUGAUCUGAAAUGGAAAAAAUACCAUUUACAGCAAGAAACUUUCCAAAACCAGUGUUGACUGUAAGAAAAAUAAAGUUUAAUUGUGCAUGAAGGCUGAGCAAUGGCCAGUGCAAUGUAUAUGUGAAAUCAGAAGAUUUCUAAAUUAUCUGUAACUUAAUACUCAGAUGAUCAAGUGCAGUGUGAAACCUCUGCUUUAUUUGUUCUUUUCCCCAAUCUGUGGUGUAAGAGUACAAAAUGUGUUUGUGACAGCUCUACAGAUGCUGCCUCUUGAGAAAAAAGCUAUGUGUUUCACCAACAUCGAAAAUAAAACUUGAAGUUAACACA